ACAAAACUGCUUUCCGAUGUAUUGUACAAUCUAGCGCACAAGAACUUCUAAAUGGCAAGGAAACAGACCCUGGUCCUUGUGAUGAUUGUUGUUAUCUACUGCCACGCCCGUUUACAGGACAGCUACUCAAAGUUACAAUAUGGACACAGACUGGAUAGAAAGAUGAUAGAUUCUUUUGUUAAUUUCAGUAUUUUAGACUGUGCCGAGGAGUGUUUGAGAACAACACGGUGUAAAUCUGUGAGUUAUUACAAAGGAACAAAUUAUUGUGAAACAAACUAUGAAAAUAAAUCUUCAGCCAGUGACAGAUUUUUGGAAAGUCCGGGGUGGAUCUACAGUGAAAAGGAGGAUUGGGAUAUUGAUAUUGUAUCUUCGUGUUCGGCAUCAAAUUGUUCCAUCAAUGAAAAAUGCAAAUCAUUACCAAUGGGCAAGUUUAAAUGCGUUUUAUCAGAUUGUGGCAUUCCAUCCCAGUUGGGAGUGAAUCUGAGCAGCGUCGGUAGAUGGGAAGGGAUUGGGAUUGGAAGACAUAUGGAACUUGAAUGUUUCCAAAAUUACAAGCAGAAUGGUUCACGGGUGUUCAGAUGCCAGACAAACGGACAGUGGAUAACUGACUUGAUAUGUGAAAAACAUUGA